UGGAGAGACAUCCCUGUGGAACAACAAAGAGAUGAUGGGGUUCUGUUGGGACUGGAGCAGGGAGUGUGGGCCUCACGGCAGAGGCUGGGUGGGCCCCACAGUGCUGCUCUGUAUCUACGGCUUCUGCUCAAUGAUGAGGCCCUCUGAGCCUUUCCUCACGGACUACCUCACCGGGCCAUACAAGAAUCUCACCACCAAACAGGUUACAAGGCAAGUGCUCCCAAUAUGUGUGUAUUCCAACCUCUUCUUACUCAUCCCAGUCUUCUUGGUGACAGAUAUCCUGAGGUACAAGCCUGUCAUCGUCCUCCAGGCACUCAACUACAUCUUGGCAUUUCUGCUGUUCAUCUUCAGCUCUGGUGUGGUGUUGACUCAGUGCGCCCUCUUCAUUUACAGUAUGGGCACCGCGGCAGAUGUGGCUUACUAUUCCUAUAUCUACAGUGUUGUCCACCCCCAGUAUUACCAGAGAGUGACAAGCUAUGCCAGAGGGGCUGUGCUACUGGGCUACGCAGCGGGAGCCAUGUUGGGUCAACUCUUGGUGUCCCUGGGAGGGGUUUCCAUCUACUGGCUCAAUGUCAUUACCCUGGGAUCCCUCUGUGUGGCGCUGUUGGCUGCCCUCCUCCUACCCAUGCCCCAGAGAAGCCUGGUCCUGGGGGGGACUCAGAAUGAUAACGGCCCAUUCGAGGAGGUUGUGUCCAGUUCACGUGGAUCCUGGGUUGUGUGGUGGCUGAGGAAGGGGAUAAGGACCGGGAGGGGGGAAAUGAGAGCUCUGAAGAGGUUGGUGGUGGAUUGUAAAGAGUGUUACUCCUCUAUGGCCGUGCUGUUCUUCUGUGUGUGGUCAGCCAUGGGGAAGUGCGGCUACCACCAGAUCACAGGCUACGUGCAGCUACUCUGGGCAUCCAAACAGCCCCAAUACAACUUCACAGAAUACAACGGAGGGGUGGAGGCUGUCGCCACACUCUCAGGGGCGGCAGCCUCCAUAGCUGUGGGCCAUGUGGCUCUGGACUGGUCAGUGUGGGGGGAGCUGGUCCUGGGUGUGUUUACUGCUCUGACUGCUGGAGUUCUUUACCUGAUGGACCUGACCAACAGCAUCUGGAUCUGCUACGGCUGCUACGGACUCUUCAAAACCAUCUACAUGGCGCUCAUCACCAUCUGCACGUUCCAGAUAGCCCAAGGCUUGAGCAGGGAGCGCUAUGCCCUGGUGUUUGGUGUAAACAGCUUUGUGGGCAUGGCCCUGCAGAGUCUUCUCACAGCCAUUGUAGUCAACACCAAGAGCCUGCAACUCACAAUCACCUCACAGUUCUUGGUCUAUGCCAGUUACUUUGCUGCCAUGGUCGUGUUGUUCCUUAUCAGAGGAGUGUAUACUCUUCUCCAGAGCCGAUUGAUGGAGCUCAUCCCAGCUGAGGGCCUAUCAGAGAGAAGAACAUGACCUGCCAAAAGUCUCACCUCUGGCAUGACACUCAAACAAAGGGAAAAAACAUACAGCACUGCCACCACACCUAGCCAAAAUGGAGAACAAACCGAUGCAAAGGAUACACAACCACCUGUAUUACAAUUAUUUAUGUCCAAGGAGUGCAAUAUCUGUAUUUAGCCACAAGACAGCACUGUAACCUUAUGAACAUGGCCAAUAUUGUUUCAAGUUUCCAGCUGACUCUUUACGAGCCUGAGUGCAAGUCUGUUUCUGCCAUAGAGAUUCUAUUCAAUUACUAGAGGGACUAUGUCAUAAACCAUUAAUGUUCCAGAAUGAAGUGAAAAGGUCAGCCAUAUUGUUCAGGGAAAAAUCCAAACCAGUCUAAUUACAAUUAAUGUCAGUAGAAGCAUAAUCCUGAGUUUACUUAUGCAGGAAAAUAAAAGUAAGGCAUGUGAUUUAUCAGAAAUUGUGUAAUAGAAUUAUUAUAAACAUAAAAUAUUGUCAUAUAAUUAUAAAUACAGUUUUUACAUGUAUUUCUUGGAAUGCUGCGAGUGCUAUUAUAUGAUACAAUAUCAGAACUUGUUGCAUUUACAACUUGUCUAAGUCCAAUCAUCAACUGAUUUCAGCCAGUGUUUGGCUGUAGAUGGACUGCAUUGUUUGAAUUGAAUGUUGGCAUAUUGGCAGUUAAUUAAAAAAAUGUAAUAACUCCUCUGAAACUGUAUGGCUAGCUAGCUAACAAAGAUACAGUGCAGAUAAAUUCUUCAAAUUAUUUUUUUACAGAAUAUCUUAUACCAGCACUGGCACUGACCUUUAUACCAUCAUAAGAAGGUUCAUGUCCAUUCUAGUAUUCUAAUUCUUAAUUAUAUGGUUUCUGCAAUCUUGCCAACUCCUACUGGAAUUGUAAUUUAAUGUCAAGUUAAAUUACAAUGACAAUGGGGUAGGCACAAGUAAAAUCUCAUCUGGGACCAGGCUAUCUUUUUAUAACAUCACUGGAAAAUAGUAUUUUGAAUAUAUCUACAGUACCCUUGAAAUGUAUGUGCCAAACCAUAUUUGCCAUUAAAUUCGUCCACAAUCA